AUGCACGCGCCGCCCGAGCCGCCGCCGCGGUCCUCGCGCGUCCGGCGCCUUGCGGCGCCCGUGGAGGGCGUGGACCCCCCCAGCUGGCCGGAGCUCCGGGCCGCCCUGGGGCUGACGGUGUGCUUCGGCUCGCGGCCGCUGACGCUGGUGGCGAGCCUCGGGGAGCUGCGACUGCCGGCGGGGGUUUGGUUGGUGCUGGACCCCUUGCCGGCGCAGCGAGUGGCCAGCCAGGUGCCUUUCCUGCAGUUGCUGGAGGAGGACCAGCUCACCUUGCCCGCGGCGGAGGCCAACUUCACCCGCUGCACCCGGGGAGCCUCCUUUCUGGCGCUGAAGCACGGGGCCUUUGUACUGAAGGCGCUGGCGACCAAGCAGUCCCUGCAGACCAAGGAGGCUGGCACGAAGCCCUCGGCCCGCCCACUCGCUUCCGCCGCCUGCGCGGCCGUCUGCGCCGCCAUCUGCCGCCGCGCGGAGUCCGGGGGGCGCCUGGGGGCGCGCAAGCGCCCGGACGCGGUGCCGAUGGAGUGGGCCAAGGAGGCGCGCCUGGCGCGCUGGCGCCGGCGCGUGGCCGCCUGGGCCCUGGCGGCGCUGGUGCUGCUGGCCGGGCUGGGUGGCUGCGUGUCAAACUCCAAAGCCGGCGCCCUGCAAUCGCGGCUGCAGCAGAAGGAGGUGGAGUACGUCUACCGGCAAUCCCCCUUCCGCCUGAAGAGCCCGAGCCUGCCGAGCGUCUGGGCCGGCGGCGGCCGGGUGGCGCCCGGGGAGGUGGGCUCGCCCUACGUUUCCAACAGCUGGGUGUCGGACAUGGCGAACGUGCUGAGUCCCAAGGCCAAGCGCCAGAUCGACGAGAUGGCCGCGGCCAUCCGCAAAGCCACCGGGGCGGAGGUGGUGGUGGUCACGGUGCCAGGUGUGCGGGGCGCCGAGAAGGACCGGGCGGAGGUGAAGCGCUUCUCCACUCGCUUGUUCAACUCCUGGGGCCUGGGCGACAAGCUGAAGAACAACGGGGUGCUGGUGCUGGUCUCCACCGGGGACCGCCGCAUUGAGGUGGAGAUCGGCAAGGGGUUGAACAACGUCUUCAACCGCGACGACUGGCUGAAGGACAUGAUCCGCUCCAAGAUGGUGGGCCACCUGCGGCGGGGAGAGUACGACGCGGGAUGCCUGGCCGGCGUUUCUGCCUGCUGCGAGAAGCUGCGGAACACCGACGAGGAGAUCUCCCGGCCCCAGCGGUUCCGGUCCCAGGCGGAGCUGCUGUGGGCGGUGAGCGGCUUCUCGCUGCUGGCCUGCGGCUUUCUGGUGCUGAACCGCGGCCUGCAGCGCCCCCCGCCCUGCGCUUGUGGGGCUCGCAUGGGCCGCCUGAGGGACGCCUUGGACGAUGAGCUGUCGCCGGGCCAAAGGGCGGAGCGGGACCUGGGCUCGGUGAGGCACGUGCUCUGUGGCUGCGGUCGCCCUGGGUGCCGCAAGGUCUGGGCGCCUUCGGCGCCGCCGAAAACCUGGCGGUCGGUCACCUCCCCGCGGCUGGGGGGCGCGGUGCGGCGGGGCCGGGAGGUGGUCCUGGAGCCGCAGGAGGUCCAGGAGGCGGCGCAGCGGCGGCAGGGCCUGGGGAUCUUGGAGGAGGUGCCCUGGAGCCGCUUCCACCGCUGCCCCGCCUGCGGCUUCCGCACCGCGCACACGCGGAGCACCCUGAUCCUGCCGGGCUUGCAGGGGGAGCUCACAGAGUGCUACUUUUGCCCCGCCACCUCCGGCGGGCCGCCCUUGCAGCAGACCCUUGAGGAGAUCGAUGCCAAGGUGAGCCGCGCCGCGGGGUUGGUGGGCUCGCGGGCCGCCGCGGCGCUGAGCCGCCGCAAGGAGAGGCCCAAGGGCGAAGCUCCGGAGGGAGCCGGACUCGGAGCGCGGGGUCCAAGUUUGCCCAAGAGGGAGCCGGACGCGGAGCUGCAAGAAGUUCUGCGAGGACAUGGUAGUUGA